UGAGCGGGGCUCGGAGCUGGAGCCCGGGACAGGUGGGGUGUGUUCUCCUUCAGGUCAGGCCGAUUCUGUGGUUUUCUUCCGGAAUCCUUAUUUUGAAUGUAUCCUUAAGGAACUGUGUCUUGUAGAAGCACUUAAAGGGCUUCAGAUCUCACCGACGUUUGCUGCUUUCCAGUCCCGCCGGCCUGUCUUCCCACUCUGUGACAGUGACGAGCGAGAAUAGGUUGGCAUUAACAUGCAAAGCAGAUAAGUGGCUCGUUCUUGUUCUCUGACAGUUCCCUUGGGAACAUUGAGCACUUUAUUAAGAAGAAAUUCCCCUCCCAGUUUGUUCCAAGUAACAGUAGAUUUGUUCUGCUGUUAUUGAGAGACAGUUCAGUCAUUACAACUUCUGUAACACCAGACUAAAAUACUAAAACAUUUUUUCUGUAAAAAAAAUGUAUAAUUUUUGUUUCAACAGGUUAGAAGUUUAAUUUGUCGUUUUGCUCAUGAUUCUUUAAAUCAUUGCUUUUGUCACCACCUUUUCAUGGCAGCUCCACUCACCACCAACCCCAAGCAGAUUGCAGUCCUCUUACUAGCCUAAAGGUAUAGAGGAGGAAGACCAAGAUAAAACGUGUGUGCGUUUACCUGUGCACAGCGGGGAUUCUGUUUGUGUGAGUGUGUAUGUAUAGCAGAGUACACCAGGAAUUCUUGACCUUGAUUCAUUCUUGUGUUUCAGAGUCUCUUAUCCCUGCAAGUUCUGGGCUCAGAAUUUGUAACUAAGGCUGCCAGCUCUACCUUGUUCUCUUCUGCCCCUGGCUGCAGCACCCCUUGAUAUAAUGUUGUGGCUGUAGCAUGAGAUUUCAAGGAGUUGGCUUACUACUACUGUUGAAGUAAAAAGAACAUUGCCAGAUUGACUCUCCUGUCUAUAGCAAUGUUAGCCUCAAGGAAAAGGAUGACCAGUUCUUCACGCUCCCAAAUCUUUUUUAUGUGGAAGCCAGACAAGGCUCUGAGUGGACCCCACAAGGUAGAAAAGGAAAUCCUUACUUCAAGACACUUGCGUGACACUGAGACCUGUCGACAGAAUUUUAGGAAUUUUUCAUACCCGGACCUGGCUGGUCCUCGAAAGGCAUUGAGUCAACUCCGAGAGCUCUGCCUUAAGUGGCUAAGACCUGAGAUUCACUCAAAGGAACAAAUCCUGGAUCUGCUGGUGCUGGAGCAAUUCCUGACCAUCUUGCCUGGGGAGGUUAGGACUUGGGUGAAGUCCCAGUAUCCAGAGAGCAGUGAAGAAGUGGUGACUCUGGUGGAGGAUUUGACUCAGAUUCUAGAAGAGGAAGCUCCUCAGAACUCUGCCCUUCCCCAAGACACCCCAGAGGAAGACUCCAGAGGAAGACAAGCUUGCCCAGCAUGGUGGCUAAAUGACUUGGUGACCAAAGAGUCAAUGACAUUCAAAGAUGUGGCUGUGGACAUCACCCAGGAGGACUGGGAGCUAAUGCGUCCUGUACAGAAGGAAUUAUACAAGACUGUGACAUUACAGAACUACUGGAACAUGGUUUCUCUGGGACUUACAGUGUACAGACCAACUGUGAUUCCCUUACUGGAAGAGCCAUGGAUGGUGAUAAAAGAAAUUUUAGAAGGACCUAGUCCAGAAUGGAAAACUGAAGCCUAUGCAUGUACUCCAGUAGACAAUCUUUCUAAAUUCAGAAAGAAUGGAACCCAGACCGUCAAAUUAGAAGAAUCAUAUGACUAUGAUGUCAGAUUAGAGAGGCAAACAACAGAUACCUUCAGGAAAAUUUCCACUAAUGAAAGAAAUUUCAGUUUGAAGUCAGUCCUUUCACAAGAAGAUGACCCUACAGGAGAAUAUCUUAGUAAAUAUAUAUAUAGGAAUAAUUUUGAAAAGCACUCAAACCUAAUUGUACAGUUUGAAAGCCAAUCAGAUAAUAAAACUUCUGUGUACAAUGAAGGCAGCGCAGCGUUCAAUCAUGUCUCAUAUGGUAUUGUACAUGGGAAAAUACUUCCUGGAGAGAAGCCUUAUAAAUGUAAUGUGUGUGGGAAAAAAUUUAGGAAAUACCCAUCUCUCUUGAAACACCAAAGUUCCCAUGCCAAAGAGAAAUCUUAUGAAUGUGAAGAAUGUGGGAAAGAGUUUAGGCAUAUCUCAUCCCUCAUUGCACAUCAGAGAAUGCAUACUGGAGAAAAACCAUAUGAAUGCCACCAGUGUGGUAAAGCCUUCAGCCAGCGUGCACACCUUACUAUUCAUCAGAGAAUUCAUACUGGAGAGAAACCCUAUAAGUGUGAUGACUGUGGGAAAGACUUUAGUCAGCGUGCACACCUUACUAUACAUCAAAGGACACAUACUGGAGAGAAACCAUAUAAAUGCUUGGAAUGCGGUAAAACCUUCAGCCAUAGUUCAUCACUGAUUAAUCACCAGAGAGUUCAUACUGGAGAAAAACCUUAUAUAUGCAACGAAUGCGGAAAAACUUUCAGUCAGAGUACACACCUUCUUCAGCAUCAAAAAAUACAUACUGGAAAGAAACCAUAUAAAUGCAAUGAGUGUUGGAAAGUGUUUAGCCAGAGUACUUACCUUAUUCGACAUCAGAGAAUUCAUUCUGGAGAGAAGUGUUAUAAAUGUAAUGAAUGUGGAAAAGCCUUUGCUCAUUCCUCAACUCUUAUUCAACAUCAAACUACCCACACUGGAGAGAAAUCCUAUAUUUGCAGUAUAUGUGGGAAAGCCUUCAGCCAGAGUGCAAACCUUACUCAACAUCAUAGAACACAUACAGGAGAGAAACCAUAUAAAUGCAGUGUGUGUGGGAAAGCAUUCAGCCAGAGUGUGCACCUUACUCAACAUCAGAGGAUUCAUAAUGGAGAAAAACCCUUUAAAUGCAAUAUAUGUGGAAAAGCAUAUAGACAGGGUGCAAAUCUUACUCAGCAUCAAAGGAUCCAUACUGGAGAGAAACCCUAUAAAUGUAACGAAUGUGGGAAAGCUUUUAUUUAUUCCUCAUCACUUAAUCAACAUCAGAGAACUCAUACCGGAGAGAGACCCUAUAAAUGUAAUGAAUGUGAUAAAGAUUUUAGCCAGAGAACAUGCCUUAUUCAACACCAGAGAAUUCACACAGGAGAGAAGCCCUAUGCAUGUCGUAUAUGUGGUAAAACCUUCACCCAGAGUACAAACCUUAUUCAGCAUCAGCGUGUUCAUACGGGUGCCAAACAUCGUAAAUAAUGGGUAUGGGAGACUUCAUUUCGGUUUUAUGACUUUAUCGUUUAAAUUUUAUUUUCUGCACUGUGUGUUAAAACAUUCAAAAGAAAUCCGAAGAAGUGCAAUAUAUGUUAGAUACCACUCAGCAGAAGUAUCAGAAUUAGUAAUAUGGAUAUACCCUAUUUACGUUUAAUGUGAAAUUUGAGGAGAAAACUUUAUUGGCUUCUUAACCUUUGAUAUUGGUUUAAUUUAUUCCAGAAAGAAACCUGAUGAAAGGGUAUUCAGAAACCUGUAAUCAUCAACUCUUACUGUGUACUUCUUAAUGAGGCCUUAUGAGUGUAACUUGGGAAAGAGUCUGUCUAGUAGAGAUUUCACACUAGAGAAUAAUCCUGACAUUAUAGAAAAGGAAAAGCUGCUUAGGCUUUUAUUUUUUCCCAGCUUUGAAGCCUUAAAAUAUAUAAAGGGUUCCCUCUCCUUUUUUACUUCCCCUUUUCCUGUUAUGCCAUAACUGCCAUGUGGAGCCAGUGGGUUUGCCAAAAAAAAAAGUUGAAAGUAUCUUAAAGAUUUCUAUGUGAUCACUGUUUAAUUAUACUUUCCCACAAAUACUGAAGUAUUGAAGAGAAGCUUAAUGAAAGUUGAUGUUAAGAUAAACUAAUGUAUAUAACCCUUAGACGUGUACAGAUUUAGUUAAACAGGCAAAAGUUAAACACCUCAAGCUUAAUCUUUAAAACAUGUUGGGCUAAAUUUUUCACUAGAUGUUGACAUCCAACGUCAUCCUGAAGGAAAAAAUAGGCAAACAGCUCCCAUUAUUUUCACUUGACUCCUAAAUUCUUAAAGGUUCCCCUGUGAUUGUUCUACUGAAGGAAGUUCAUUUUUUCCAUUGAAACACAUGCUUCAUUGAGUGCCUACUGUGCUCGGGCCCCAAACUUCCUGACUGGAUCCUUUCAGGUCUUGUUACAGUGCUGAAAGUCACAACUUAUUUAAGAAACAAAAGACUUUCUAGAGUAAUGAGAGAAAGUAAGGACAUGAUCUUAACUUUGUCAUGGAAUGAGCCUAAGAGACCUGCUAAAUUGGGUUGCCAAAUGCUACCCCAUAUCCCACAACAACAAGGAAGUAAUGAAAGCAGCUAUAUAAAUAAUGUGAGGAAAAAAUAGCAACGGAAAAUUGAGUUCACUGCAGAAAGUGGGUAAGGAAAAAAUCAAAAUGAAAACAGUGAGGAAAGAAAAUACAUAGAUAACUAAUUAAACAAGAUGUAAUUGGACUUGCUUUACCUAAGAAAAUAAGCGUGGCAAGACACUAAAAAUGAAAUGACUGAUUUUUAAGGAAUAAUGGGAAGGCUGGUACUCCAUACAUUUAAGUAAAAUAGAGAUUACUUUAACAUAUCAGGAAAAAUUUUCAUUGGAAAAAGCAUUGAUGUAGUAAUCAUUUAGCAAUGAUAACUGAGUUUGUGGGUCCUAAACAACAUAAAAGGAAAACUGGCAGAAGUGCAAAUAGAAAUAAGCAAAAAAUACUACUGUAUUUAAUAUCCACAGCAUUCCACUAUCAGAAUGUAAAGCCAUCUUCUGAGAGUUGAGAUUUCAACUUCAUCAUUUUCAUUUCUCCAGUGCCUUGCAUAUAGCACAUGGUCAAUAAGUACUGGUUGAAUUAAUUAAUAAAUUAUAUAAAUUCGAGUUGAGUAAAAUUGACUAGCAUGGAGUUGGAAAAUUGGUAGAAUUAAAAAUACUUUUUUGUGUAUACACCAAAUGUUUAACAAAUAUUACUGGGUAAUGGGAACUGCUUAAAAAUGAAGAAUCAAAUCACGGAACAUCUUUGCACAAAGAAAUUUUCCUAAGGUAAAUGAGGGAAAAUUGAUAUAAAUUCUAGUACUGUAAAUAUCAAUUUAAGCAUGUAUUGGCCACAUAACUUUACUUGGACAUUACUGUUUAUAUAACAUCCUACAAACAGGUGCUGAAGGAAAGACCUGGGGUGCUAAGCAUCUUCAAGGCUAUGUUGUUGAAUGUUUUAAGAAAUUGUUUCCUUCACUUUUCCUUACAUUAGUUAACUUUGAUUUCAUAGUAUGUAUCAUCCUUCACAAAGUGCAGGUUGCAAAAUAUUCAAGCUAUGCUUAUUCCAUAGUUAUGUUUUAAAAUAACAGUUUUAUUGAAGAUAUAUAUAUAUACAUUUUUUAUUUUUUAUUUUUUUGGUGCCACUUCAUCCCUUACAGAACACUUCAUUCUCUUGGAAUGAAUGUGUGGAGUGUUACAAUCCAUAGCGCCUUUCUUUACAUUACUUUGUAUUUCCUGCCUUUAUGUGUUUUAUGUAAAUAAUGCAUUUAUAAAGUCUUCCAUUGAUAUAUAGAGGCAGUUAAUGCCCUUAUAAAAUAAUAGAAUAACAAUAACAGAGAA